AUGUCAGAAGGCGAACGCUCGAGUAGCUCUUUGAGCGAAGAGUCAGAAGCUUACAUGGAACUGUGCAAUCUUUCGCAGGCCUUCAAACGAAGCGAGGUGGAAGACAUGAUCGGGCUGUUUACGGAGAGACAGCCGGACAAUCUCGACAGGCGAUACUGGGUGAAACCGCUUGAAAGAAAAGACAAGAGCGUCUGGUACUACAAAUCGAAAACGCAUUCUUAUGAACAUGUGAAACUGCUUCUCCGAGAAAUUCAAAGGAAUCCGAGGAUUACCAGAUUCAACGUAAAAUUAGAGGCGUACAACUGCAUCCUCACAGGCGCGGGAGAUUACCAAGUCGACAUCCGGUCCAACUACCCGCUCGUCCCGACGGUCUGGAGUUUCGAGAUGCAGCGUCCAGACAAAAAGCCCUUCACUUUUACGGCGACAAUAACCGUCUACGACAACGAAGAGAUCGAAGACUUCGAGGUGAAGACAUACAAGUCUACUCCGAUGUAUGAACGGAAUGGCAUCGUCCAGACUGCCUCUCACUCAUCGUGGAAAGGAGGCGCAGUUGGACGAUGGGAUGUGGAGCUUCAUUUGCUGCCAGAUGACGAAUGA